AUGUGUGUAUUUGUAUUUACCUCUUGGUCAAUAGCAGCAGUUGGUAAUGCAGCACAAGAUGUUAUCAAAGAAGUUAGACGCUAAUACAAAGAGCACCCAGAAAUAUUGAUGGGUGAAGUACCACCUAACUAUAAGCAAUGUGUAGAGAUUGUUGCGAGAGCAGGUCUCCGUGAAAUGAUUAAACCUGGUUUAUUAGCUGUUUUAACACCUUUCAUAGUAGGAUUAAGUUUUAAAUAUCUUGGUAUAUUCUAAUAAAAAGAACUACUUGGAGCUAAAGUAAUAUGCUCGUUUUUGAUGUUUUCAACUUGUACAGGAAUUUUAAUGGCAUUAUUCUUAAAUAAUGCUGGAGGAGCAUGGGAUAAUGCCAAGAAAUUUAUUGAGUCAGGAGAAUGUGGAGGUAAAGGAAGCGAUACUCACAAAGCAGCUGUAACAGGCGACACUGUAGGAGAUCCCUGCAAGGAUACUGCUGGUCCUUCUAUUCACAUUUUAAUAAAACUAUUUGCUACAAUUACUCUUGUUUUAGCACCUCUCUUUAUAGAUUGA